AUGACGGCGCCAAUGCAGAGCGUUAACAAGAGAAAGCACACAGUGGGUAACGGUAAGAUUACUAAAAAACAGCAUAGACCUGCAAUUUCCUUGCAGCAGACACCAGAAGAGGAAAAAAAGGCAAAGGCAUACUUUCAACCUAAGAUUUUUCAGCAAAAAUAUGAGACUUCCUUAAAGCAUCAGAUUGACACAUCUGGUCCUUAUCAUUGGGGUUCCAUCAGCGAUCUUUUCAACGACGAGCUUCUUAGAAAUGUUAGAAAGGAGAUAUUGGAGAACAUUCACUUUACAAAGAAGGAGACUGAUAUUUAUAAGGUUUUUCAAAGUGGAGAUUUGGCAAACUUAUCCGCUUUGUCAGAGGAUUUGAAAAAGAAACUUCCUAGCUUGUGCAAGGUGAGAUCUGGUCUCUACUCAAAAGCAUUUAGGAAUGUGAUCUCUCGGGUUACAGGAUGCGGUGACCUUAGUGGCUCGAAGAUGGAUAUUAGUAUCCAUCUGUAUAACAGAACAUGCCAUUUGUUAACACAUGAUGACGUUAUUGGCUCUCGGAGAAUCAGUUAUAUUUUGUAUAUGCCAGACCCAGACAAAGAAUGGAAACCAUCUUAUGGAGGUGCUCUCAGAUUGUUUGAUUCAAUUGUUCCUAACGUUCCAGAGUCCGAUCCGGUUGCAAAAUUGACACCACAGUUCAAUCAGAUUGCAUUUUUCCAUGUUCAACCAGGUGUUUCGUUCCAUGAUGUCGAAGAAGUCACUGCAACCAAACAAAGACUUUCACUUCAGGGAUGGUUCCACAUCCCACAACCUAAAGAUGAGGGCUACAUACCUGGGGAGCAAGAAAGAACAGAGGCAAAAUCAACGCUCGAGUUACUUGAGACUAGAGAGCUUAGAGAGUACGACUUCCCGAAAUUCGAGCUUUCACGGAUUCCGGAACCCGUUGUUGAUCAAUUCCGUUUGGACUUGAAAAAGCAGGAUAUUGAGUAUUUGGCUAAAUUUAUGAAUCCUGUUCUUUUGACCCAAGAAUCCCUUAAUAAAUUGCAAAAAACCUUUUCUGACAGCUCAGUCGUGGACAUUGUUUCUUUUCUUAAUGACAGUUAUGCUGGAGCAUUCAGAAAAGAAUUGAAACACUUCGAAUUAAACGAAUAUCCACAUAUGCCGUCCAAGCAAAGUGAAAUUGAAUUUCCAUGGAAACUGGCCAUUCCAUCUCAUAAGCGUCGUUAUAUGUAUAUGGAUGGCACUUCGCAACAAGAUAUUACAACAUCUGCCUCUAUUGCUAAAUUGAACGAGACAUACCCUCAUGAGGAACCCAACUUUGAACUUACUGCGGAUAUGUUUAGAAUGAAAGAGCAAAGCGAAAACAGAAAAGAAAUCGAGUCUAAGGCCGAUAAAGAUGCUACUACAUGCAAUUCUGUGUCCGCCAAAUUGUGUGACUUGUCAGCUCUUUUCAAGAGUAUAGCAUUUGGAAAAUGGCUUUACCGUGUGACUCAACUCAAGGCUCUUAGACAGCAGAUUUUAGUCAGACGUUUUAGACCUGGUCAUGACUUCAUCUUGGCUACCAAACCAGAUAAGAUUGAAUCUGAGGAAUCUUUUCUAGACGGCGUUUUAGAGGCCACGUUGAAUUUGACUCCAACUACUGGCUGGGAAGCUGGUGAGUGGGGAGCAUAUGAACUUUGCAUGAUCGACGAAACGGAUGACAAGGAGGCCAAAGAUGAAGGAAGAUUAAACGAAGAUGAGGCUGCUAUUUAUAGAUCUUCUGAAACCGAUGAAUCUGUCGUUUAUGAAUCUCAGGCAUGCUGGAACAAAUUGUGUUUGAUGUUCCGUGACUCAAGUGUUAUGAAAUUUGUGAAGUACAUUUCGAACGAUGCUCCGGGCUCCAGAUAUGACAUCACUGCUUCUUGGUUGUGUAAGGAUGAAGAUGACGAAUGA